UACAUACACCGGUUUUAACCUUAUUUAUUUGAAGACUUGCAGUGAAUCACAGAUUCAAAGAUGCCUUUUUUGGAGAUAGCAUUUCAAGCAGAGAUAAGCAGAUUUGAAGAUCCGGAGUUUGAAGAAUGCGCCCGUCGCAAUUGUAAUGAGGACCCAAAGACGAGACACAUAGUCAUCGAAGAGUUGAGGAAUAUGAUAUACCAGAGAGGCGAAUGCAACCCACGCCGGACUGACGACGCGUAUCUCCUUCGAUUCCUAAGAUGUCGGAGAUUUAUACCGGCUCUUGCGCAUAAAUUGAUGGUACGUUAUGAAGAUUUCCGUCGCAAGAACUUAUAUCUGUAUCACUGCAAUGCAUUUGGAUUACAUCGUGUUAAAGAUGUGUAUGGAGGGACCUUCCCAGAUAGUCCUGUAAAUGGAAGGAUCACACUCAUGAGAUUUGGUCGAUGGGAUACAGAUACAGUUCCAAUAGAAGACGUAGUGCGCUGUGCUCUUGUUAUGGACGAAGUGGCCGCCUUGCAGCCAAAGUUACAAAUCCUGGGUGUUACUAUAAUAGUUGAUUUAGAAGGUCUUAGCAUACGGCAUGUUAGGCAUCUAACACCUACCAUUGCGCACCAGAUCGUCAGUCUAAUGGGGGUGUCGUUCCCAAUACCAAUCCACGCGCUUCACGUCAUCAGGUACAACUGGAUUUUGAAUACCUUCUUCUACGUGUUCAAGCAGUUUAUACCAGCAGCUGCUUGGGACCGCCUGCACUUUCACGGCUACGACAUGUCCUCCCUCCAUAAACAUAUCGACCCUGAAUACCUUCCCCCCGAAUACGGUGGGAGAUGUAGACAUGUAAUAACAUUCGAGGAGUGGGUCAGAAAACUUGACAGAUACAAGGACGAUUUUAUGGUUCAAGAGUUAAGAGAAUUAGGUUUUACUGUGAAAAAGUAAUUAGUACUUGUCUAUAUUUCAAGGAUUUUUUCUUCAAAUAUGGAAUCGUGGUGUUUUCGAAUAUUUUUUUACCUAAUC